UGUCAUGAAAUUACUUUUUCUGCUAUCGCAAAUAUAAGUCGAAGUGGUGUCUCAACAUAAGCGCUUUUGAUGUUUAUACGAAGUUAAUUUUCUCCUAGGCAUCGUGAUUAAUAAUCCACAAUGGAAACAUUGAGAAAUUUGGCCUUCAUUGAGAAAAAACCAAGAUGCAUGAAAAAUGAUUUCGCUGAUGAAAUCACACUCCCGUAAGAACAUAGAAUAAGUCAAAAGGGAAAGAGGAUGUUUUAUUGCUGCCUGAAUCAGUGUUUCAUGCAUUCAUUUUCUAUGUUAUGUAGGAAUUAAUUCCUUAUUCUCAAAUCUAAACUCACCGAUAUCCUCUGAAAAUAAUGACUGGUGAUUGUGGAGACACUCUUAACGUAUGUAUAUAAUUUGGUCAAAGGUCAAACAAUUUUGUCGUAUGCUAUCAUAUUGCUUCCGCAUUCUUGUGACCUACUGAGAUAUUACUGCUAAACAGACAUUGCACGAGCAAUAUCGGUCUUGUCAUUUGGUUAAUAUCUGCAUCUCCUGUCAUAGCCUGCCUCAACGUUGGCUCAGCUGUCUGCUCUGCAGAAUCGUAAAUAUGUGUGAAUUGUGGUCAAUGGACAACAUAAAAGUUGCUACAGCGAAACGUCAGAAAAAAGAAAAUGAAGUCCUUUUUGAAGACAAUCCACUCUGUUUCAAACAAGAGGAACGCUCUGGUCAGAGAGUCUCUGCAGAAGCUUUUAAACACCAGUAUCAUGGAAGUGCUCGGUGCUCCAGGGGUAACAGAAGAACAGUCAGUAGGAAAUUGCGACGAAGCCAUGACCCUGUGUUCCGUCUUGGAAGCAAUUUUCCUGCAUGGCUUGAAAGAUUCUCUUUUAAAUCGGGUGACAGAAGUCCUCAGUGGUCCAGAUUUCGAUGCCAUGCCUCAACCCAGCUUUUGGGGCCCCCUACUUGUAUUCUCCCACAGACAAAUCAUAGACCAGAUACAGAAACUGAUACAAGUUAAAACAGAGGUAGGCUACUGUCGUGCUUGGAUCCGCCUUGCUCUGAACGAAGGAUUACUUUCAAGCUAUUUAGCUGCAAUUCGUAGAGAUAAUUCUGCCUUAAAACCUUACUACGAUCGAGGAGCAUUUAUUAGAGAUCCGGAUUUAGUUGACGUGGCUCAGCGCUCGAUCGAAAGCAUAGAUCAUAUUAAAUUUGAACUAGCAUGCAACACAAGCCUAUUAAAUAUUUGGAGCAGUACACCACUGUUAAUGGCUGGUGUGUGGUCUCCGCCCAUGAAAUCAUGCCCAGUAUUUAGCGCUGUAGACAUUGCCAAAACAAUAAAUAGUGAACCAAUAAAUGGCAAUUACUCUGAUGAAGUUGAAACAGCUAGUUCUAUUGGGAGUAUAAGUUCAUUUGAUUCAUCUCAUUCGGCAUUAAAUCGAAUUACACGAUUAAAUGAAGAUGAAGCUCUUAAAAUAAUUCUAGCCAAAGAGAGAUCUCAUGUAAAUAUCCCACAAACUCGAGACCAUUCUAUACAAUCUUCUCCCAUUAAGAAAAGAGAAGUUGAGGGCUUAUUGGAACAGAAGGAAACUAUGUAUAGGAAAGAACAAAUGGAUUCAGAUAGAGAUAUGGAUUCCGAUGUAGGUACUGAAGAUUGUACGUUCCUUGAAGGACCUUUGGACGAACUACGAAAUGAUUCUGAUGUAACUGCUGUGGGGAACUCUUUGUUCAGGAAAGUAGGUUGGUCUACCUCUCUUGAAGAUAGUGAAUCUCUCUUGACCACUUCUGCUAUAUCCUGCAAUUCGGGAACAGAUGGUCCAAGAACACCGGCUGAUGGAGCCACUUAUGAUGCUCUAAUUCAAAGUUAUCAUGCUACGGGAUAUGCAACAACACCAAAUCUCCAUGAAUUUCUCAGUAACUAUCCUGCAAAGAAAAAUGAACAGAAAGAAUAUGAUACUCCGACAAAUGAGGUCAAGGCUACGAGUCUAGAGGAUCAGUUGGGAAGACUUCCAAGAGAAAAAGGCUUAGAUUUACAGAAUUAUAGCUGUCUUGGCUGCGGUCAGCCUAUUGGCAUGAAAUUUUCCAAGGCAUGCGUGUGCUCGUUCUCUGGUGAUUAUUACUGCUCCAGUUGCAUGGCAACUGACGAAUUCCUUAUACCAUCCAGAAUGAUUCAUAAUUGGGACCUCAGACGAUAUCCAGUUAGUCAAAAGGCUGCCGAUUAUUUGACCAAUUGUCCCACUUUACUGGACCUUAAAAUCCUAAAUCCACGAAUUUACAUGGCUGUAGAUAAUAUGGCACAAUUGCAGUCCCUGCGAAUUCAAUUGAAUUUAUUAAGAGCUUAUUUAUUCACGUGCCGGGAACCAAUUAUAGAAUCCCUGCAAAAAAAGGUUGCUCCAAAAGACUACUUAUACGAGCAUGUGCACCAAUACUCCCUUACGGACCUUUUGGAUGUGCCUAAUGGAAGUUUGGCUCAACAACUUCACAAAGUUGUACAGUUCGCUCGAGAUCACGUAAUGACGUGUUGGUUAUGCAGCCAGAAAGGCUUCAUUUGCGAAAUCUGCAACAAUCCAAAAGUUAUAUAUCCUUUUGACAUGGACUCAACAUACAGGUGCCUGCAACGCUGUUUUCCAUAUGGAAUGUUUAAACGCCAGCAAGCCUUGCCCAAAGUGCGAACGCAGGCGAAAACGAGUGGAUCUGCCUCUCUUGGAUAUGACAAGUACAGAUGUUCCGAUUGACAAUCUAACUUCCACUUCAGUAUCCAUUACUUAGCGAACGUGAUGAUCAAGUCUUUCUGAAAGUGACACGGGUUUUUGCGAUAACUCAUCUUCAUCGCACUUCAAUUGCUUUUGCUAGCAGUAUUCCUUGAUCGCUCUCAAAUUGUCUAAUCUCCAAGCAACUCGAGAAUCGUAACAAGUCUCACACUAUUGCUGUACUGUGAGGUAUGUAUAUAAAUGUACAGGCACUGAAAUGCCUUGGGGUUUGUGAAAUGGUUGACUAUGGUGUAAAUAAACAUUUAAUUCGUUACAAAGACGUACACAUUAACUGUAGACAGAACAUGAAACGAGUGUCAUAAGUCAUAAACGAAACAUUGUUAUGAGUAUCAUAAGUAGGGAAACGCAUGUUAGUGCAUAUGUUUCAAUAAUUUGCUGAUUAAUUGAGAAACCUUGGAAUUUUAAAUUUUAUAACAAACACAAAUAAUAUACAAAUGCUUUGCAAAAUAAAGAGAAAAUGGACCGUAUAAGAAUCAUAA